AACUUAAUUUAGGCAUUUUCGAUUAAGAUUGAGGAUUCCUUUCAUUCAAUGACAUAUUUAAAAUUCCUUGAAUAAUAAUUGUUGCCCGCACUCCACUACACAUCAUCUCUUAACUCCUUCACGUGUAUUUUGGUAGUUUCACUCAUGAACCAUUCAUUCUCCUUUCAAGGAUUAUAAUCAUGCAGACACAUUGAUUUCAUGUAACUGAUUUUGCAAUUAAAAUUUAGUAUUUGUGUAUUUAGAUUGUCCCUUUAUUUAAUGACAUAGUUGAGUUCCAUUGAGUGACAUUUGUCAUCUGGAUUUCUUGCAUUCACUUCCCAGCGUGCAUGCAUGCACACUCACACAUACAAAUACAUAGGCUGUCAACUACUUCUUCCACUACUUGCAUGGUGAUUGGUUUUGGAAGGAACUGCCUCUAGGUUUCUUGUGGGAAUCUCACUCUUUUGUUCAUCAAACCACCUCAUGUUUUCACUAUGUAUAAUGGUGUACUGUAUAGUAAUUGGCAGCACAUGUUUACACAAUGCUUUCUGGUUACAUUACACACAGUUGUACGUUUCCCCUUUAUGUUUUCAAGCUAUUCCCAUUUCUUCCCUUUCCACCAACCAUACUCCUUGCUGUCCCUUCCCACAACCUAUACUUCAUCACUUAUCUUCUUUAAUCCCAGACAUCCUCUUUUCCCCUCUUGUCAUCAUUUAAACCUAAAGGGGUUUGGUCGGGAGUGAGGGAAUGGGAAGGAGAGAGAGAGGUGUGAAGAGUUGGAUGAAGGGAUGAGGGAGGUUGGUUGGGAUGUCAUGGGAAAGAUGGUGUGAAAGAAGGAAGGGUUGGUUCGUAACAAUUCCGAUCCUUAUCACAUCAUCGUUCUCAUUCUACAUCUUUACCCCUACAAGAACAGAGAGACACGGGGUGGCACGCGCCAGUUCCAGAAGAAAAAGAAAAACCAAAAAAGUAGGAAGAAGAAGAAAAAGAAAAAAUGCAAGAAGAAGAAAAAAAGCAGGAAGAAGAAGACAGAUGAGGUCAGGAUGGUAGUCACGGCAAUGACAGACCGCACAACCCUUCAUAUUCAGCAGCUGUCUGGUCACAGACAGCAGAGCUCGAGGCUGGUAGAUGAGCGUUGGUCCUUGUUAGGCGCUGUUAAGCUCUAGACAGCAGUGGGGCCUACAGUCGAGAAAGAAACGAGGUGGCACGUGGCGGUGCCAGACCGCACAACGCUUCAUCAUCAGCAUGUGUCUGGUCGCAGAUGGCAGAGCUCGAGGCUGGUAGAUGAGCGUUGGUCCUUGUUAGGCGCUGUUAAGCUCUAAACAGCAGUGGGGCCUACAGUCGAGAGAGAAACAAGGUGGCACGUGGCAGUGCCAGACCGCACAACGCUUCAUCAUCAGCAUCUGUCUGGUCGCAGACAGUAGAGCUCGAGGCUGGUAGAUGAGCGUUGGUCCUUGUUAGGCGCUGUUAUGCUCUAGACAGCAGUGGGGCCUACAGUCAAGAGAGAAACGAGGUGGCACGUGGCAGUGCCAGACCACAAAACGCUUCAUCAUCAGCAUGUGUCUGGGCGCAGACGGCAGAGCUGUGGCUGGUAGAUGAGCGUUGGUCCUUGUUAGGCGCUGUUAAGCUCUAGACAGCAGUGGGGCCUUAAUGUCGAGAGAGAAACAAGGUGGCACGUGGCAGUGCCAGACCGUACAACGCUUCAUCAUCAGCAUCUGUCUGGUCGCAGACAGGAGAGCUCGAGGCUGGUAGAUGAGCGUUGGUCUUUGUAAAGCGCUGUUAAGCUCUAGACAGCAGUGGGGUCUACAGUCGAGAAAGAAACGAGGUGGCACGUGGCAGUGCCAGACCGCACAACGCUUCAUCAUCAGCAUCUGUCUGGUCACAGACAGUAGAGCUCGAGGCUGAUAGAUGAGCGUUGGUCUUUGUUAGGCGCUGUUAAGCUCUAGACAGCAGUGGGGCCUACAGUUGAGAGAGAAACGAGGUGGCACGUGGCAGUGCCAGACCGCACAACGCUUCAUCAUCAGCAUCUGUCUGGUCACAGACAGUAGAGCUCGAGGCUGAUAGAUGAGCGUUGGUCUUUGUUAGGCACUGUUAAGCUCUAGACAGCAGUGGGGCCUACAGUGGAGAGAGAAACGAGGUGGCACAUGGAAGUGCCAGACCGCACAACGCUUCAUCAUCAGCAGCUGUCUGGUCGCAGACAGCAGAGCUGUGGCUGGUAGAUGAGCGUUGGUCUUUGUUAGGCGCUGUUAAGCUCUAGACAGCAGUGGGGCCUACAGUCGAGAAAGAAACGAGGUGGCACGUGGCAGUGCCAGACCGCACAACGCUUCAUCAUCAGCAUCUGUCUGGUCGCAGACAGUAGAGCUCGAGGCUGGUAGAUGAGCGUUGGUCCUUGUUAGGCGCUGUUAUGCUCUAGACAGCAGUGGGGCCUACAGUCAAGAGAGAAACGAGGUGGCACGUGGCAGUGCCAGACCGCACAACGCUUCAUCAUCAGCAUCUCUCUGGUCGCAGACAGCAGAGCUCGAGGCUGGUAGAUGAGCGUUGGUCUUUGUAAAGCGCUGUUAAGCUCUAGACAGCAGUGGGGCCUACAGUCGAGAAAGAAACGAGGUGGCACGUGGCAGUGCCAGACCGCACAACGCUUCAUCAUCAGCAUCUGUCUGGUCGCAGACAGCAGAGCUCGAGGCUGGUAGAUGAGCGUUGGUCCUUGUUAGGCGCUGUUAAGCUCUAGACAGCAGUGGGGCCUACAGUCGAGAGAGAAACGAGGUGGCACGUGGCAGUGCCAGACCGCACAACGCUUCAUCAUCAGCAUGUGUCUGGUCGCAGAUGGCAGAGCUCGAGGCUGGUAGAUGAGCGUUGGUCCUUGUUAGGCACUGUUAAGCUCUAGACAGCAGUGGGGCUUACAGUCGAGAGAGAAACGAAGUGGCACAUGGCAGUGCCAGACCGCACAACUCUUCAUCAUCAGCAGCUGUCUGGUCGCAGACAGCAGAGCUGUGGCUGGUAGAUGAGCGUUGGUCUUUGUUAGGCGCUGUUAAGCUCUAGACAGCAGUGGGGCCUACAGUCGAGAAAGAAACGAGGUGGCACAUGGCAGUGCCAGACCGCACAACGCUUCAUCAUCAGCAUCUGUCUGGUCGCAGACAGCAGAGCUCGAGGCUGGUAGAUGAGCGUUGGUCCUUGUUAGGCGCUGUUAAGCUCUAGACAGCAGUGGGGCCUACAGUCGAGAGAGAAACGAGGUGGCACGUGGCAGUGCCAGACCGCACAACGCUUCAUCAUCAGCAUGUGUCUGGUCGCAGAUGGCAGAGCUCGAGGCUGGUAGAUGAGCGUUGGUCCUUGUUAGGCACUGUUAAGCUCUAGACAGCAGUGGGGCUUACAGUCGAGAGAGAAACGAAGUGGCACAUGGCAGUGCCAGACCGCACAACUCUUCAUCAUCAGCAGCUGUCUGGUCGCAGACAGCAGAGCUGUGGCUGGUAGAUGAGCGUUGGUCUUUGUUAGGCGCUGUUAAGCUCUAGACAGCAGUGGGGCCUACAGUCGAGAAAGAAACGAGGUGGCACAUGGCAGUGCCAGACCGCACAACGCUUCAUCAUCAGCAUCUGUCUGGUCGCAGACAGCAGAGCUCGAGGCUGGUAGAUGAGCGUUGGUCUUUGUUAGGCGCUGUUAAGCUCUAGACAGCAGUGGGGCCUACAGUCGAGAGAGAAACGAGGUGGCACGUGGCAGUGCCAGACCGCACAACGCUUCAUCAUCAGCAUCUGUCUGGUCGCAGACAGUAGAGCUCGAGGCUGGUAGAUGAGCGUUGGUCUUUGUUAGUCACUGUUAAGCUCUAGACAGCAGUGGGGCCUACAGUCGAGAAAGAAACGAGGUGGCACGUGGCAGUGGCAGACCGCACAACGCUUCAUCAUCAGCAUCUGUCUGGUCGCAGACAGCAGAGCUGUGGCUGGUAGAUGAAUGAGCGUUGGUCCUUUUUAGGCGCUGUUAAGCUCUAGACAGCAGUGGGGCCUACAGUCGAGAGAGAAACAAGGUGGCACGUGGCAGUGCCAGACCGCACAACGCUUCAUCAUCAGCAUCUGUCUGGUCGCAGACAGUAGAGCUCGAGGCUGGUAGAUGAGCGUUGGUCCUUGUUAGGCGAUGUUAAGCUCUAGACAGCAGUGGGGCCUACAGUCGAGAGAGAAACGAGGUGGCACGUGGCAGUGCCAGACCACAAAACGCUUCAUCAUCAGCAUGUGUCUGGUCGCAGACGGCAGAGCUGUGGCUGGUAGAUGAGCGUUGGUCUUUGUUAGGCGCUGUUAAGCUCUAGACAGCAGUGGGGCCUACAGUGGAGAGAGAAACGAGGUGGCACGUGGCAGUGCCAGACCACAAAACGCUUCAUCAUCAGCAUGUGUCUGGUCGCAGACGGCAGAGCUGUGGCUGGUAGAUGAGCGUUGGUCUUUGUUAGGCGCUGUUAAGCUCUAGACAGCAGUGGGGCCUACAGUCGAGAAAGAAACGAGGUGGCACGUGGCAGUGCCAGACCGCACAACGCUUCAUCAUCAGCAUCUGUCUUGUCGCAGACAGUAGAGCUCGAGGCUGGUAGAUGAGCGUUGGUCCUUGUUAGGCGCUGUUAAGCUCUAGACAGCAGUCGGGGCCUACAGGAGCAGUACCAUUUGACCCAUUUUAUGAAAAAUAAUAAGAAAUAACGCAUGAGUUCACUAAUAUAGACGAAACCUUAGUUAAAUUUAGACUUUUAGAAAAGAACUUGACCGACAGACGAAACUGAACUGCGUUUUUGUGGUUUAUAGACAUUUAAUUAUUUGUACAGGCAUUGUGAUGAGCUUUACAUAAUAAGCUAGUCGUAAGCAGUCAAAACAUUUCAAUGGGAAUAGGUUUAAGAAAAGCGUAUUAAUAACUACAACUUUUGCAAGAUUUGAAUUUAGAUUGUGUUGUUAAAGGUUUUAUAAUGCAUUUAUCGCCUUCUUGAUGGAGCGAACUAGGCAGACGUGUGUGCGUAUUGACCAAGAUUAUAACAAGUAAAUAACCUUUCUGAAUAAGCAGUAUAAAAUCUGAAGCCAAGUGCUCAGCGAAAAUCACAGGAAAUACAGCAUAAAGUAUGACACAAACAUAAUCUAGUGGUAUUGUGUGACAAAGAGGGACAAGAAAUAUACGAAAUUGUUUCUCCUCACUACUCCUGGAAUUGUCAAAAUUCAGGAAGUGACGACAGAGAGCCGAUAGAGGGACUGCACUCCUUCUUUGUCCUUACGAGUUAAGAAAAGUUGCGUCCCUUCGAAACGUGACACUACCAGAGUACAGCCUUGAUGUAUAUCUACCCGUUCUGGUGACGGUAUAUCUUAACAUAUAGUGUCGUCUGCAUGAGCUGACCGAAAAAAAAAAGCAAACCAAUCCUUCAUAAAAGAAAAAAUGCAAGGACACGAUGUGAUGUUGUCUAGUGUUUGCUUAUACAGUCAUAUUUGAUGCUGUUGAUACCUCAAUCUCAUAACCGUUCUUCCGUGCAGGGCCGUGCUUAGGGGCAGGCAGACGAGGCAUCUGCCUAGGGCCCCGCACAUUUCAUUAAAUAACAACCGUGGCGAUCGUGGUGUCAACGGCCCCGCACAUACCCUAUGCCUCGGGCCCCGCGGGGGGUAAGAACGGACCUGCUUCCGUGUUCAAAGAAGUUUUUCUACUUUACGAGCAGCAGUGCCUGUAGCGAGACGGAGAAGUAUUCAAAGGAAAGUUUCGUACACCCGACUAUCGCAGUCUGCAAAGAGAAAUGUUUGUUACGGUCAAGUAUGGAGAGGAACAGUGCCGCAUCUUUAACGCCAUCUGCCGGAACGACCUUCUUUUGGACUCCAUCAGGUCACAAUGCCAGUGUGACCAGAACGUGGUGGUGGACCUGUCGGAUGAGCGCGGGGAGGUGAAGAACCUGCGCUGCUUCCCAACAUCUUACGGCUCGGACUUUCUCAAGGAGCGGGAGACGCUGGUUCUUCUCAGAGUCGACAAUGAUGUGCAUAAGGAGACGCCUUUUUUCACACCACUUCUGAACAGUCUUUUACGCGACCAAAAGUUCCUGGAUGCGAUAAACGCUCAAACUGAAGCGGAGGACAGUCGUGAUCACCGAAGCAGAGUGAAGCCCUGCGUUAGUCCAGACCUUGUUUUUGCACCAGUUAACAAGAAACCUAAAGCUCCAAAACCUACAAGAAUGCCCGUUAAGAAAUGACGCGUCAUCACACGACAUCAGUGUGGGCAUCGUUCAGCCAACGUUCGCUAGUGCUAAUCAGUGAGUUACGAAAGACGAUCUCAGAUGAUGUCUGGUACUGAUGGUCUGGUGUGUGCUCUAAGUGCUUGUCUGAGAGAUAUGAGACAUGAUUUAUAUCUGACAAAUAUAAAUGAUUGUCUUGACAGCAACGAGAGAUCAUCAGAGAAGAAGGUCUUUUGGAAAGCAUUGCUGACGAACAUCCGCCACAGACAUGAAAUGCAUGACUGUACACAGCAGCGCCAGGGUGCAAAUACACUUUAUUAGCAUUUGUAGCGCAAAAAUGCAAUCAUCUUUAAAGGAAUUUCAACAAAACAAAGAAAACAAGAAACUAUAAAAGAAGUGAAUUGAAAGAAGUGACAGGAACAAUAGUGUUAACAGGAUUCAAACAGAAUUGAAAAUUGUACAAAAAUAAGUGUUCAAAAUCAAGUCCAUGCGUCAAAAAUUUUUCUGAGGCUAAGUUGCUACGAUCAGUUAGACAUUCAUGUACUGAUAGAGUAACAGUCUUCACCCAGUCUCGAGAAAUGUUAAGCUUGGCUAGGAAUGGCCCAAAACAGCAAAUGAAAAUAUAUCAGUUGAAGCAGUUGUCCGUUUGAUGAACUCUCAUAAGUUAACGGCGUUUUAAGGUGGUUUUUUUUUUUUUUUGUUUUUUUUUUUUUUAAAUGAACGGUGUCGUUAGCCCGAAAGUCAAAAUAUUGUCAUCACUAAUACUGUACACUCUGUAAAGCACAAGUACAAGUCUUCUUGACACCAGGAAGCCUAUUUGUACAGCUGCAACAAUAACUUGAGUGGCAAGUGAAUUAAAAAAAACAAACUUGUAGCAAUGUUUAACUUUUUCUUUCAAAAAACUUAGAACGUAAAGAUGAGAGGUCCCGUAACGUGGCCGUGAAAUUUGCUAACGUCGUUGGUACGAUGACAUGAUGAAUCAAUAUUGACAGUCAUCAGCGUUUCCUAUGACAAAUAUUAUAGUCGUGUUUGGUAUUUUAAAAAUGUAUUUUUUCGUUAGAACAUGUGUCAUAAAGCCGCUCAAAAACAAAUGGCGCUUACCUAAACUAGAGUCUAUGUACGUCAAUUUUGUUCUGAUUUGUGUGUGUGUGUGUGUGUUUUAGUUCACUGUAUCAGUUAGGAGACAGCAAAAUCUCCGAGCAAGCAAUGAAACGAUCUCUUACCUAUUAAAAAAGAUUAUUUACGACAAUAAAAGCUUUCACACACGGUCAAGUUUUAGG